AGCUUCUUGUACUUUCAGUUGCAGGGCAAGAGUCAACUUGUAGGAAAGAUGCAAAAAGUGCAGAUUACUUGAGCUGUCGGCCAUGUAUAGGUGUGGCUACAGAAGAAGGAGGGUAAAGAUCUUCACCUUUAGAGAAGAGAGCUGUAUAAUUCAUUUUACUUACGCAUAUAUAAAAAUCCUGCCUCCAAGAAACACCAUACUUAAUUGGAACAAUUAGCUGGAUGCUGAAGUUUUUGGGUACUCGUGAACUCAGAAGAGUUUGAAAUGAAUAAACCAAUGAAGAUAUGAAGGGACAGAAGAUACCAUCUCUUCUCCUCUGUUUACUUUCCAUAUGUGCUACAACUUGGGAAAAGGAAACAGUAACAGGGCUGUUUGCUAAGGAUGUCAUCCUCCCUUGUCCUUUUCCACCUGGUGAUGAUGAAGUAAUUUAUUGGAAGAAAGAGAACAAUGAUGUACAUAGCUACUACUACGGGAGGGAUUAUCUGGAAAGCCAAUACCUGGAUUACAGAAACAGAACUCACCUUUUUCAUGAGAAUAUUCCUCAUGGUAAUGCCUCCCUGAAACUUAGCAACCUGACCUUGAAUGAUGAGGGCCUUUACCUUUGCUACGUGGGAACACAACAAACUAAAAUAGAAGUGGAAGUUGAGCUGAACGUACAAGUUUCCUCUUAUUAUGCAAUGGAAUACCAAAAGAGCGACACAGAAAGGAUGCUGACAUGCUCUGCCUUUCUUACAUAUCCAGCGCCAAAUAUAACUUGGGUAAAAGGCAAUAUAUCCAUCCACGAAACAGGUCAGGAGGAAACCAGGGAUGGCAUUCUCUAUUCUCUUAGAAGUCACCAGAGCAUUAUAAACACAUCUGAGCCUUACUCCUGUCAUAUUCAUCUCCCUCAUGAGAAGUGGACUGCUGAAUGGAGGAUGCAAGACCAGCUGUCAAAAGCAAAAGGAAGUAGCGUUGCCAUUACUUGUGAAUACAGCAGUGACACUUCACACAGAGAGGGCAUCAGUGUUGUCUGGAUACUAAACCGAAAUUCAGUGAUCUCAGUCCUGGCAGCCUUCAAUGGUACAUCUCACUCUUACCAGCCUCGAGUCCAGAUUAACAGAAGUGACUUUUCACUGCUGAUGAGUGAUCUUACCACAAAUGACAGUGGAGAAUAUAUCUGUAAUAUUUCAGCACCUCACUACACAAAACUUACUGUGAGAACAUUGCAAGUUGGUAAGUUGCUGCUCCUUCCCUAUGAGAGGGUGGGGACAAAUGAGGGGAAUACAAAGCCAGAGUCAUCCAGAAAUCUGUGAAAUACUGAAAAACAUUAAGAUGUAUUUAUUUAAAGACUUUUUUCUUUCUUCAAAGCACAGAGGGCUGUGCAGUUGAGAGCACAGAGAAACUUACGGACUCGUAUCUUAAAUGCUGUGUUGGUAACAAAUACUGUCUUUAAAGGGAGGAGGGAGAUGAAGGCACGCCCAAAGAAGUGGUACAAUUUUCUUCUGGAGAAGAAACCUUGUUGAGGAGAACGUGUAGUUGUUAUUUUCAAAGCUUUAAUUCUACACAGCAGGCCUUUUUACCACUUGGAAAUAUGUCUGUUUAUAUGUAUGCCUUCCUUUUUAUGAACUGUAGUAAAUAUCCGGCUGUGAAGUCUUAGUUACAGUUAUUUCAUUAUCUCUGGUUUCAAGCAGUCUUAGGGAUUAACUUCUCUAUCCAUUGCA